CACUUUUCAGUUUAGGGAAGGAGCGAUAAGAGACCCUGUGAGAGGCAGAAAAGACCAGAAUUGGAUUUCACUCUCUAGAAACCCGGAGUGAGCUCUGAGGAUUUGAUUGUUAGACGAUCAGACAAAAUCUAGCAAAAUUCCACCGAAGUUUUCAAUCCGUUACGUGCAGUCUGCCUCUCCCACAGAUUAUUUGUCAUUUUCACUGGAAAAAGGAAGUGAGAUUGCUUCAAAGGAAUCCACUAUGAGAGAAAUAAAAUUUUAAAAAAUAAUAAAAAAAGAAGUGAAAGAACUGGAGAUGGGAUUUGGGGCUGAGUUCCUGGAGAGAGAAGGAGGGAAAAUGAACCAAGAAAACAGGCGGAAGAUAAUGCUCCUGACUUGUGUUUUGCUUUUCCUCUGCAUUCCAGGCUGCUACCUUCUGGGUGGCCCCAAGGAGCUGAGGGGCAUCGUGGGAGAAUCCCUGCGAGUGCAGUGCCGGUAUGAGGAGGAACACAGGAUGAGUGGGAAAUAUUGGUGCAGAAGGGGCUACUGGUUAGCCUGUUCCAAGAUUGUGGAGACCAGAGGAUCAGGAGAAGAGGUGACUAUCGGCCGGAUGUCCAUCAGAGACGAUCCCCGAGACCUCACCUUCUUCGUGACCAUGAAACAUCUCGUUGAAGAUGAUUCCGGUUCCUAUGCUUGUGGGAUCAAUACCACCCGGAAGGAUCCCAAGUUCUGGAUUAUGGUGUUGGUUUCCAAAGCAUCAGCCACAAAUGUCAUCAAGUCAACCCCGAAAGGUUCCAGAGGAGCCCCUGAUUCACCUCUGAGGACAUACAGCAAGAAGACACCUGCACCCAUUCCCCUCUCCAGAUCCUUCCUUGGAAACAUUCACAUCCAGAUCCUGGUCUUCCUGAAGGUGCCCAUCUUCCUGAGCCUGCUAUGUGCCGUGUUCUGGGUGAACAGGCCAUGGAGGACCUUGAGGAAAGGAGAUGUCCACAGUAACCAGUGACUUCCCAUUGCCUCCAGCUUCCUGUCACCCCCAGAAGAAGGAAGAACUACAGACUGUCAGCUCGAUAAAGGGAGGAGGCGGGGAACAUGUUCACCAAAUCUGUUGCAUUAUACUCUCCCAA